AAAAAAUUAAAGAAAUUGAGAAAAAGACAGGAAUUUUAUUUAAAAAAUUAAUGUAAAAAAGUAACUAAACCAAAAAAAAGUAUAGUAUUUCCGUUUGUCAUUUCCCACACCAAUCGCAUCGUAAUCGAUAUCUUCCAACUUCAACAAGGAGAAAAAAGGGGAACGAACGAAACCCUAAUUUUGCUUUCUCAUCUUGUUCACUUUACUCAAAUUCCUUAUAGAUUUCCCUCUCUUCAACCUCCGAUAGCUCACAUGGCGUCUCGAAACUAUCGGUGCGAGCUUUUCGCAGCUUCACUAACCCUAACUUUAGCUUUGAUUCACCUGGUCGAAGCAAACUCCGAAGGAGACGCUCUUUACGCUCUUCGCCGGAGUUUAACGGAUCCGGACCAUGUUCUCCAAAGCUGGGAUCCAACUCUUGUUAAUCCUUGUACCUGGUUCCAUGUCACCUGUAACCAAGACAACCGCGUCACCCGUGUGGAUUUGGGUAACUCAAACCUCUCUGGACAUCUUGCGCCUGAACUUGGGAAGCUUGAACAUUUACAGUAUCUAGAGCUCUACAAAAACAACAUCCAAGGAACUAUACCUUCCGAACUUGGAAAUCUGAAGAAUCUCAUCAGCUUGGAUCUGUACAACAACAAUCUUACGGGGAUAGUUCCCACUUCUUUGGGAAAAUUGAAGUCUCUGGUCUUUUUACGGCUUAAUGACAACCGAUUGACCGGUCCAAUCCCUAGAGCACUCACGGCAAUCUCAAGCCUUAAAGUUGUUGAUGUCUCAAGCAAUGAUUUGUGUGGAACAAUCCCAACAAACGGGCCUUUUGCUCACAUUCCUUUACAGAACUUUGAGAACAACCCGCGAUUGGAAGGACCGGAAUUACUCGGUCUUGCAAGCUACGACACUAACUGCACCUGAAACAACUGGCAAAACCUGAAAAAGAAGAAUUGGGGGGUGACCUCGUAAGAACACUUCACCACUUUUAUCAUAUAUCACAUCUAUUAUGUAAUAAGUAUAUAUAUGUAGUACCCAAAAAAAUGAAGAAUCGAAUCAGCAAUAUCAUCUGGUCUCAAUUGAGACAGACCUCCCAAAGACUGAGUGGCCUGUGUAUGUAAAAUUUCUAAAUGCGACUUUCGCGUACUGUAAUGUUCGUUGUGGGAUUCUAAGUAACAUUUGUAUUGGUAUGGUAUCAAGUUGUUUGCCUUGUCUGCAUUUAAAA